AUGAAGGUUAGCUCCAUCAUGAGGUGCGACAUUGACAUAAGGAAGGACCUGUUCGCCAAUAUUGUCGUGUCCGGUGGUACCACAAUGUACACUGGUAUUGCUGACCGCAUGCAGAAGGAAAUCACUGCUCUGGCUCCCUCCACCAUCAAGAUCAAGAUCAUUGCUCCUCCCGAGCGAAAGUACUCCGUAUGGAUCGGUGGCUCCAUCCUGGCCUCUCUGUCCACCUUCCAGGCCAUGUGGAUCACCAAGGAGGAGUACGACGAGUCCGGCCCCGGCAUUGUCCACCACAAAUUCUUUUCGAUUUUUACAUAUUUUGCUACGAAUAUGUCUUAA